ACAGCAACAUGCUCAGGUGUCUAUCAGCUUACUGUUAAUAAUUAAAGCCCUUAACAAGGAAAGUAGGAAAAUCAGGUCCGAUAUGUCACUAUGGAGGAUGUGAGAGAUGGAAACACAGCAGCAGCAAAGACGAGGAGGUCCCUUUAUGGGCUUUAUUCCUACAAAUCCAGCAUGAUUGGUCUGGAGAACCUCGGGGAUCCAUCAGGUAAUUGGGAUAUAGUGGAGACCAUCGGUAAAGGAACCUACGGCAAAGUGUACCGAGUGACCAACAAGAAGGACGGCAGUCAGGCAGCAGUGAAAGUGCUGGAUCCAAUCAAUGUAAGAAUGGGGUCUAAUAGACAUGUUGAUGAGGAGAUAGAGGCAGAGUACAACAUCUUGCGAUCUCUGUCCAACCACCCUAACGUGGUGAAGUUUUAUGGCAUGUUCUAUAAGUCUGACAUUGGCUCAAGUGGACAGCUGUGGCUGGUAUUAGAGCUGUGCAACGGCGGCUCUGUCACAGAACUCAUCAAAGGCUUGCUGAUGCGAGGCCAGCGUCUGCAGGAGCCCGUUAUCUCAUACAUCUUGUACAGUGCCCUGUUGGGUCUUCAGCAUUUGCACAGUAACCGGAUUAUUCAUCGUGAUGUCAAAGGCAACAACAUCCUGCUGACGACUGAAGGAGGCGUCAAACUGGUUGACUUUGGUGUUUCAGCUCAGCUGACGAGUGCACGAUUACGCAGGAACACAUCAGUCGGGACUCCGUUCUGGAUGGCUCCUGAGGUCAUCGCCUGCGAGCAGCAGUACGACUACUCGUAUGAUGCCCGCUGUGAUGUGUGGUCGCUCGGCAUCACAGCCAUCGAGUUGGCAGAUGGAGACCCCCCGCUGGCAGAGAUGCAUCCAGUCAAAGCUCUCUUCAAGAUCCCACGAAAUCCCUCCCCCAAAUUACGUGACCCUGAACAAUGGUGCAGAAGCUUCAGCCAUUUCAUCGGCCAGUGUCUGAUAAAGGAUUUCGAGGCGCGUCCAUCUGUCACGCACCUGCUGGAGCAUCCGUUCAUCAAACAGGCCCACGGCAAAGACGAGGCCCUCCGUCACCAGUUGGCCGCCCUCAUUGGGGAGCAGCAAGAACUCGGCUGCAGAACCAGAACUAGGCACGAGCGGAUCAAUACUCGUAAAACCCUCAUAGUGGAGAGCUGUCCUGACGAUGAUCUGGUAAACCUGGAGUUCUUAGAUGAGGAAAUGAUAAUCAGUCAUCUGGAGAAAAGGUAUGAUGAGCUGCAGGUGUACACUUACGUUGGCGACAUCCUGAUCGCUCUCAAUCCUUUCCAGAAUCUCAGCAUCUACUCUCCGCAGUUUUCUAAGCUGUACCAUGGUGUGAAACGAACAGACAACCCUCCGCACAUCUUUGCUACAGCGGAUGCGGCUUAUCAAGGCAUGGUGACUUUUUGCAAAGACCAGUGUAUUAUAAUCAGUGGCGAAAGCGGUGCUGGGAAAACUGAGAGCGCUCAUUUGAUUGUUCAACAUCUUACCUUCUUGGGAAAGGCAAACAACCGGACCCUGCGGGAGAAGAUCUUACAGGUGAACCCCCUUGUAGAGGCCUUUGGGAAUGCCUGCACGGUUAUCAAUGACAAUUCUAGCCGCUUCGGAAAAUAUCUGGAGAUGAAGUUCACUCCCACUGGAGCUGUGAUUGGAGCAAAGAUAUCAGAAUAUCUGCUGGAGAAGUCAAGGGUCAUCAAACAGGCUAUGGGAGAGAAAAACUUUCACAUUUUUUAUUAUAUAUACGCUGGACUUUAUCACCAGGAUAAGCUGAAGACGUACGGGUUACCUGAUAGGACACCUCCCAGGUACAUUGACAGUCAACACUGCAAAGUGAUGCAAGACAUUGUGUCCAGUAAACUGUACAAAGAGCAAUUUGAGGCCAUUCAGGAAUGCUUUCGAAACAUAGGCUUUACCGAAGAGGAAGUCAACUCUGUUUACAGAAUCCUCUCAGCCAUUUUAAACACUGGUAACAUCGAAUUCACGGCCAUCACAUCCCAGCAUCAGACUGAUAAGAGUGAAGUGCCGAACUCAGAGGCCUUAGAGAACGCUGCGUCUCUCCUCAGCAUCGGCCCAGAGGAGUUCCAGGAGGCGCUCACCUCCCAGUGUGUGGUAACGAGAGGAGAGACCAUCAUCCGCACCAACACUGUGGACAAAGCUGCCGACGUCCGAGACGCCAUGUCAAAAGCCCUGUACGGACGCCUUUUCAGCUGGAUAGUUAACCGCAUCAACUCGCUUCUGCAUCCUGACAUGAACAUUUGUGCCGCAGAGAGCUGCAUGAAUGUUGGAAUCUUGGACAUCUUUGGGUUUGAAAACUUCAAGAAGAACUCUUUUGAACAGUUGUGCAUCAACAUUGCCAACGAGCAGAUCCAGUUUUACUUCAACCAGCACAUAUUCGCACUGGAACAGAUGGAAUACCAGAGUGAAGGAGUAGAUGCCAGCCUGGUGGAGUAUGAGGACAACAGGCCCAUUUUGGACAUGUUCCUUCAGAAACCCAUGGGUUUGCUGUCCCUGCUGGACGAGGAGAGUCGUUUCCCACAGGCCACCAACCAGACCUUAGUGGAUAAAUUUGAGGGUAAUUUGCGCUGCAAGUAUUUCUGGAUACCAAAAUGCAUGGAGCUUUGUUUUGGAAUUCAGCACUAUGCGGGAAAGGUAAUGUACAAUGUGAAUGGUUUUUUGGAAAAGAACAGAGACACUCUUCCCGCAGACAUAGUUGUGGUGCUGAGAACGUCGGAAAACAAACUUCUGCAGCAGCUUUUCUCCAGCCCCUUAACAAAAACAGGAAAUCUGGCAACUUGCAGAGCCCGGGUCACUGCCGCCUCCAGGUCGCUGCCGCUACAGCUCAGUUCAGGGCGCGCAAAGUCUCCCAAAUACCUGUUGAAGGUGGACACCAUGGAGAUGAUACGUCACCCAGAGGAAACCACCAACAUGAGGAGACAGACUGUGGCCUCUUAUUUCCGUUACUCUCUGAUGGACCUGCUGUCUAAGAUGGUCGUGGGUCAGCCUCACUUUGUGCGCUGCAUCAAACCCAAUGAUGACAGGCAGGCGCUAUGUUUCUGCAAAGAAAGAGUGAUGGUACAGCUACGUUAUACUGGGAUCCUGGAGACAGUGAACAUCCGCCGGCAAGGCUAUUCCCACCGCAUCCUGUUUGACGAGUUUGUUAACAGAUAUUACUACCUUGCAUUUCGGGCGCACCAAAUGCCUGAGACGAGUAAAGCGAAUGCUGUUGCAAUACUGGAGCGAGCCACACUAGACAACUGGGUGCUUGGGAAGACAAAGGUGUUUCUGAAGUACUACCAUGUGGAGCAGCUGAACCUGCUGCUGAGGGAGGUGAUCGCACGGGUGGUGCUGAUGCAGGCUUACACUAAAGGUUGGCUCGGGGCGCGGCGUUACCGAAAAGUGAAGGAGAAGAGACAUCGCGGGGCCACCAUCAUUCAGUCAGCCUGGAGGGGUUAUGUUGCUCGGCAACACCUGAAGCAAAUACAAAAGGAGAGAGACGCCGCCGCCGUCCGCAUACAGUCAGCUUACAGAGGCCAUCAGGUGCGUCGGAACCAUGAGCCUGAGGAUCACAGACGUCACUCUGAAGCUGGAGGAAAGACCACCGUGGAUGAGCAAUCUGAGUCAAAAGAAGCAGAUAUGGAUCACAUUCACACGGCAAAUGUAAAAGACAUGGUGGUAUGGGGAACGAGAGAAUCAAAAGGCUGGAAAUUCACGGCUGAGAAUAAAUGCUCACUCUUCCCUGAGGUUGGGCCCAACAGCCGAGACAGACAAGUGAAAGACAUCAAGAGGGACAAAGACGCAGCGGAAGACGGCGUAAUCAAGCCAUGCAGGGAGACAGCUAGACGGCGAGACGCGCAGUGUAAACAAGGUCCAGCGAUGAAGCUGCAGCAGAGAACCCCUCGCCGGAGGGGCCAGCAGCCCAAGCUGCUCAACAGCCCUGAAGACAGCCUGUACUACAACCAGCUAAAUAGAACUCUGGAUUGCCAGGGGAGCAAGAGGAAGCCGAGAAAACUUGGUCAAAUCAAAGUGCUGGAUGGAGAAGAUGAGUACUACAAAUUACUGUCAACCGUGGAGUCGAUCCCUGAAGAGGAGUGCAGCGCCACCGCCGCCGCCCCCCUUCCCGCCGCCGCUUCUAGUGGGCCUCUCCUCAGUCAGAGCUGAGCCUUACAUCUGUGUCAGCCGAUCACCUUCUUCAUCCGAGAACUAGAGUCGAACCAAAAGGAUCAGAGUCACAAUAACACACUUAAUGUUGAAGUGUAUAGUUUGUUUAUUUAUUUAUAAUAAAUCAGUGUUUAUAUCAGCUAAAUAAAUGUGUUUAUGCUGCCUACUUUUGAUUAUUCACAAGUACUUUCACUUUUUUCUUUGUUUU